UAUAUAGCGGGCACAGAAGAGAGGGGACACAGACGAAAAUGGAGUGUAGCGAGAAUUUGGUCCAGUGGCUGAGCUGGUCUCUGCUCCUUGGGGGGCCGCUGGUUUGCUGGGUGCUGCUAAACACGGAAAGGCGGACGCUUUACGGCCGCUACACGAGGUCCGAGGACCGGUGUUUAGUGAACACCAAACUGGUCUGGAUGAUCCAAGAGGUGCCCUCGCUGCUGGUGCCGCUGCUCCUGCUGCUCAGCACCGAGUCCCGGGCCGGAGUGGGCCGCAGCCUGCUGCUCGGAACCUUCUGCCUGCAUUACUUCCACAGGUCGUUCAUCUACGCCUGGCGGACCCGCGGGCGGCCGUUUCCUGUCCACAUCGCCGUAAAAUCGUUCAUCUUCUGCGGCAUGAACGGGCUUCUGCAGGGACACUACCAACUCCACUGCGCCCCCUCCUGGCAGAACCCCGUACGGAUGGCAGUGGGUCUGCUUCUGUUCUUUGCAGGUCUGAUAAUCAACAUCCACAGUGACCAUUUGUUACGGAGCCUUAGGAAACCAGGAGAAGUCCACUACAGAAUCCCCAGAGGGGGGAUGUUUGAGUUUGUGUCGGGGGCAAACUACUUCGGGGAGAUCCUGGAAUGGUUUGGCUAUGCUGUGGCCGUCUGGUCGCUGCCUGCAGCCGCCUUCUUUCUCUUCACCAGCUGUACCAUCGGCCCACGAGCCAUACACCACCACAGGUUCUACCAGCAGCAGUUCAAGGACUACCCUCAGUCCAGAAGAGCCCUGAUUCCUUUCCUUCUGUAGAACCUUGCAUACAAGUUGUAUUGUAUUCUUCCGUGUGUGGACAUUUAACAAACAAACACCAGCAAACGUUUUUUUUUUAUCCCACUUUAUUUGUUAUGAACAGCAACAUUUUCACACAGACUUUGUUGGAGAGUUGAAUAAAGGCAAAUUGAAUGGUUACACAGAUGUGUGUUAGUGUAGAUGGGGGCAAAAGAGUAAGAAAUGUCGCCCCCUGUCUUCUGGAGGUAGAACUGGAGAACCGUUAUAUCCUACCAAUAAAUUGGUCAAGAACUACUAUAAAUUACGACACAUUCCCUAUUGUAAUACAAACAUCUUCUACUUUCCAAUUUAAAAACUUAAAACACAAGGUUGACAUGGUAAGGCCCGUGGUAUUCAAAGAUCAUAGAUUAACAGAUGCUUAAAUCGCUCUCACACACACACACACACACACACACACACACACACACACACACACACACACACACACACACACACACACACACACACACACACACACACACACACACACACACACACGCAAAGCUGAACCAGGAGAACUAUGGCUGCGAUAGGAAAGCACUUUUGAAAAAAAUAAAAAUUUGACUGUCCAGGCAGACAAACUUAAAGGUGCGGAGUGUAGAAUUUAGUGGCCUCUAGUGGUGGGGUUGCAGAUUGCAACCAACUGAAUUUUCAUGGGAUUAUACACUAAUUUAAAUAUAUAUUAAAUUCCUUCUCUGCUAAUUCUGCUAAAAAACCGACAAGGAGUGGGUGUUGUUGGGUUUUGCGCUGCGUUCAUCAUGUUUUUUACGGGAUGCAGGAAACACGGAUGGGAGGGGGUUUGUUUGGGAUCUCGCUUCAAAUACCAACAGAAGUGAUGUCACCCAACAACGCUGAUACAUCCUUUAAAGCAGAGGCUAUUAUAAAGAUACUUGUUACUGGACUGGUCGGACCAGGUGGACUGAUUGUGUGUCUCUAUACAAUACCCAAACACCCGUCCAAACAAAGAGGCAGACAGAGAGGCCUUUGUCCAUGGUUAUUUUACACCUGAUGUAAAUGUAAUAGCUGCCCUGUUC